AUGUACGGCAUCUUGAAGAUUGGUGACACGGUGAUCUCUGAAUAUGACGAGUUGCGGCGGCAACUGAUUCGCAUGAAUCACACCGGCAUUCAUAUCCUUAACUUCGCAUUACGAGAAGUUUUAGGCGGAGAAGUCUGUCAGAGGGGGUCACUCGUCGCACCAGAGAAACUACACUUCGACUUUUCGCAUAAAUCUGGCCUCACAGAGGAGGAUCUUAAAAGGGUUCAAGUGAUCUGUCACAAUUACAUCAAAGAUGAUCGGCAGGUGUUUGUGGCGGACGUCACACUGGAGAAUGCACGUCGGAUUGAUGGUGUACGCACUAUUGUGGGUGAGACGUACCCUGAUCCAACCAGGGUUGUUUCUAUCGGAGUCCCUGUCAACACUCUGGUUGACAAUGCUUCUAAGGACUGGUGGAACUACAGUGUCGAGUUAUGUGGAGGCGCACAUGUUGACAGGACCGGUGAGAUCAAGGAUAUGGUCUUGCUUGAGGAGUCCGUGAUCGCAAAAGGUGUCCGACGCAUUGCGGCUGCUACCGGUCAAGAGGUGCAAGAAGCCCGACAGAAUGCAGCUCGUCUUGAAGAGCACUUGGUGAGUAUGGAGCAGAUGUCUAUCUCCCCGGAGAAGGAGGCACUUGUCAAGCAGGCACAGGCCGAACUCGCCACGUCAGCAAUCUCAAUUUUGGACAAGAAACUGUUUGCAAGGCGACUCGAAGGAAGCAUCAAAGAGAUGAUGAAAGAGCAAAAAGAAACGCAGAGAAGUCAAGUCGAUGCUGCCAUCAACCAUGUCACAACCGUCAUCGAUGAUAACCCAGCCAGCACCUCGUUUGUUGUUAACCUCCCGACUGAUUGUUCCGCCAAAGUUAUCACGGAGGCCAUUAAGCAUGUCUCUUCUAUCCACGACGACAAGAGCGUGUAUUUCAUAGGUGUAGGUGCCACUGGCAGGGUUGCCCAGGGGUGCUUUGUCUCACCGAAACACACCUCGAAUAGGCUGGUGGCAAAUGAAUGGGCUGCACAGGUUGCGAAAGUCGUGGGUGGAAAGGGUCUUACAAGUAUGGGGAGCGGACCGGAUAAGGCCAAAGUGGAGGAUGGGAUGGUGGCUGCGAGAAUGUAUCUCCAAGAACUGCGGAUUUGA